AUGGAUUUGCUGUGGCUUCUUCCCAUCUUACUCCUUGCUCACUUUGGGUAUGUGAUUGAUGCCAAUCAAGGACCAAUGGAGCCUGGUAAAGGGAAAGCAAUGAAGGAGAAGCCGUCUGUUUAUAAUCAUGGCAAGAAGGUGGAUGUUCCUUUCUCUCCUUGGAGCAGAUCAAGGGAAGAGAACCUAAUAUUGGCCCAGAGAAUGUCCCAGGAGAUUCCUCAAACCGUGGCUUCAUUCCUGUAUACUGGUGAUUCUUGGGAACUGAAGCAGGCCAACUGCUCUGGGCGCUAUGAGCUGACGAGUUUGGCUGGAAAGUCUCGCUUGGCCUCACACCCAUCACUGCAUGGAGCUCUAGAUACUCUUCUCCAUGCAAUCAACUUUCUCAACAUGAUUCUGCAGAGCAAUAAAUCCCAUGAACAGAACUUGCAGGAAGACAUUGAGUGGUACCAAAUUUUGAUCCGAAGCCUGCUGGAAGGAGAUCCCAAUAUCUCCAGGGCUGCCAUCACCUUCAACCUAGAGCCCUUGUCCUCUGUCCCUCAAAUCUUUCUCCAAGCCAGUCGUCAGAAUAACCAGAUCCUGCUGCAGGACUUAUCUUCAGUGGCUCAUCAGUUGGCCAAUGUGUCUAGUGAAACUGAGUGGUUCCAUAGUCUGAAGCGCAGGUGGAGGCCCCAUCAACAUCGAAAGGUCUCAAAUUCUGGUUCUAAGGCCCAGGAAGGCAGCUUGAAAAAAAGAAAUGGACAUCACCCUGCAGAGAAGACUCAUAUCAAGUGGUCCUCCCCGUACCUGGAGUGUGAAGAUGGAAAUUACAAACCUAUCUGGCUAGUUACAUUGUCUGCUGCUUUUUAUGGGUUGCAGCCAAAUCUCCUUCCUGAAUUCAGGGGUGUUGUGAAAGUCGACGUAAAUCUACAGAAAGUGGAUAUUGAUCAAUGUUCAAAUGAAGGCUGGUUUUCAGGAACUCACACAUGCAAUUUAAAUAAUACUGAGUGUAUACCAAUUAAAGGCCUGGGAUUUGUGCUUGGAGCCUACGCAUGCAUUUGUAAGACUGGAUUCUAUAAUCCCAAAAUAUUUUCAAUGAACAUCUUUCACAGGAAGGAUGCUGAGAGUCAUUUUUCCAGGAGUGAGAUGGCUGAGGAUUUGUACACCUGCUUGCCCUGCAGGGAAGGAUGUUCUGAUUGUACAGAUGAUACUCCCUGCUAUGCACAGGAGGACCACUAUUUACGGCUUGCUAUCAUCUCCUUCCAAACUCUCUGUAUGCUGUUGGACUUCAUAAGCAUGCUGGUGGUCUACCGUUUUCGCAGGGCAAAGAGCAUCCGGGCAUCAGGACUUAUUCUGCUGGAGACUAUCCUAUUUGGAUCACUGCUUCUUUAUUUUCCGGUUGUCAUUUUAUAUUUUGAGCCAAGUGUUUUUCGGUGUAUUCUCCUAAGGUGGGUUCGUCUUCUGGGAUUUGCUACAGUUUAUGGAACAGUCACACUCAAGCUGCACAGAGCUUUGAAGGUGUUCUUUUCUCGAACAGCUCAGCGAAUUCCAUAUAUGACAGGUGGGCGAGUGAUGAAGAUGCUGGCUGUGAUAUUUUUGGUUGUGGUGUGGUUUCUGACAGGCUGGACUUCAGCAGUCUGUGAAAACUUGCAGCGAAAUAUUUCACUCAUCGGACGAGGGCAAACAUCAGAUCAUCUGAUCUUCAAUAUGUGCCUGAUAGAUCGGUGGGAUUACAUGAUGGCUAUUGCUGAAUUUUUAUUUCUCUUAUGGAGCGUUUAUCUCUGCUAUGCAGUGCGGACAGUACCCUCGGCGUUUCACGAGCCACGUUAUAUGGCUGUUGCAGUUCACAUUGAGCUCAUUAUCUCUGCUAUAUUCCAUAUAAUUAGGUUCAGUCUUGCUUCAAGACUCCAGUCUGAUUGGAUGCUGAUGCUAUUCUUUGCACACACACACUUAACUGUGACAGUCACCGUUGGGUUACUUCUGAUUCCAAAGUUUUCCCAUUCAAGCAAUAAUCCACGAGAUGAUUUGGCUACUGAAGUCUAUGAAGAUGAGCUCGACAUGGGGAGAUCUGGAUCUUAUCUGAAUAGCAGUAUCAAUUCAGCAUGGAGUGAGCAUAGUUUGGAUCCAGAAGAUAUUAGGGAUGAAUUGAAAAAAUUGUAUGCUCAGUUGGAGAUCUAUAAAAGGAAAAAAAUGAUCACCAACAAUCCACACCUCCAGAAAAAGAGAUGCUCAAAAAAAGGUUUGGGUCGCUCAAUCAUGAGAAGAAUUACUGAAAUUCCUGAGACUGUCACUAGGCAAUGUUCAAGGGAGGAAAAAGAUUUUCUGGAACAUGGGAGUUCCAAAAACAUUGCCAUGACAAGAAAAAACCCACCAGAUUCUAGUGGACACAUCAGACCAAAAGAGGAAUCUUUGAGAAACAGAGUUUUCUCCUUAAAAAAGUCCCACAGCACAUAUGACCAUGUCCGAGACCCAACUGAAGAGUCAAAAGGCUUAACCACAGAAAGUGGGGAGGUUAUUUCAACUGCAGAGACAUCAUUGUUGGAUUCUCUUUCUGAAAACAAAGCAACCCAAAAACCUGCAGAAAAAACUGAAGCUGUGUCCACCGAAAAUGUUCCCUUGGUGUGCAAAUCUAUGAGUGCUCACAAUUUAAGUGCAGAUAAGAAACCUCUCCAUCCAAGAACAUCUGUGUUACAGAAAUCACUUAGUGUUAUUGCCAGUGCCAAAGAGAAAACUCUGGGGUUAGCAGGGAAAACCCAAAAUGAAGAAAGUGUCAAAUCUCACAAGUCUCAACCAAAGAGCAAAGAGGUCAGCAAAAAACAUGCCAGCUCUGAAAAAACUGACCAUAAAGAUUCAUAUCGAAGAAAUUCAACCCAAGCUGAAGAGUCAAAGAAGCCUCAUAAAUCUGGGAUAAUGAAACAACAAAAGUCCAGUCUUGAUGCAGGAGCUGGUAAAUGCCCACUGAAGACAAGUAUUGACAUAGGAGAAAUUUGUCCUUGGGAAAUCCAUGACCAGACCCCAGAGACUGGGCUUUCUGAUUCUAAAAUUCAAAAGCAUGUCUCUAUUGCUUCCUCUGACUCAGAGACUGUCCACCCUGCUCAAACAAAGGGCCAAUCUCAACCUAAGACUGCUGAAGAGUAUCAGAUACCCCUUCAAAAGAGCACAGAGACAGGUGACAUGUGUCCUUGGGAGAUUCAAGAAGAACAUGGGGUGGAAGAAGAAAAAAAUUGCAGUCUCCAAGACGUUUCUGGGACAAAAAGUGAAAAUAUUAAUAAUAAACAUUAUGCAGAGAGCAUUUGUGCUGGAGAUUCCAAGGACAUGCUCCUCAAAGCAACCGUACAAACCACAGAGAAAGAUUUUACCAAUAAAUUGGAAAUCCAAACAAAACAUGCAUCUUCCUCUCCACCAGGGAAGGCAUUUCCUUCUAAUCCUGCUAAAUCAGCAACUAAUAACUCACAGAAACCUUUAAUGUCUCGUGUGGAAAUCUGCCCUUGGGAGUAUGAGGGGCCAGAAUUACCCAAAGCAGAAAGAAAUACAGCUUUAUCAAAUGCAACCAACUUAAGCUCAAAUAAAACAGAGGCACAUCAAAAAUAA